UUGCAAGGUUAACUUGUGGGAGGAGCCUGGCCUAGGAGGCACCGUCUGGGCGAAGGUGUGCUCUCCUGAAGCAGUUCUAACCUGGACGAUCAUUAACUCUUUCAGUCAGCUGGCGAGCAGCGGUGACUGGGCAAGCUGGUCCUGGAAGCUUCUGCUCAGGAAGGCCAGGGAGGAGCCGUGGAAAAACUCUUUCAUGGGCGACCGCUUUGAGAGGGGUCUGCACGCUUUGCUCAAUGAAGGAGAAGAGAAUGAGAUGGAGAUGUUUGGCUACCGGACUCAAGGAUGCCGGAAAACCCUCUGCCUUGCUGGAUCCAUCUUCUCCUUUGGGAUUCUCCCCUUGGUACUGUACUGGAGACCUGCUUGGCAUGUGUGGGCCAACUGUGUCCCAUGCUCAUUGCAAGAAGCAGACACUGUGUUGCUGAGGACAACAGAUGAAUUUCAGACUUACUCUUGGAAAAAGGUAAUGUGGAUUUCCCUAUCAUCACUGCAUGGCACAUGUGGACUCACUCCUGACCACCCUGUCAUUACAGACGAGGAGUGUAUCAUUAAUAGAGCCAUAAGAAAGCCAGACCUAAAGGUGAGGUAUAUAAAAGUGCAGAAAAUAAGAUAUGUUUGGAACAACUUAGAAGGACAGUUCCAGAAAAUUGGCUCUUUGGAAGACUGGCUUAGUUCUGCCAAGAUACAUCUAAAAUUUGGAUCGGGUCUAACAAGAGAAGAACAAGAGAUUAGGAGGUUAAUAUGUGGACCUAACACUAUUGAUGUUGAAAUCACACCAAUCUGGAAACUGCUCAUCAAGGAGGUUUUAAAUCCGUUUUACAUAUUUCAACUCUUCAGUGUCUGUCUAUGGUUUAGUGAAGACUAUAAGGAAUAUGCCUUGGCCAUUGUCAUCAUGUCGGUCAUUUCCAUAGCUUUGACUGUGUAUGAUCUCAGAGAGCAAUCUGUGAAACUCCAUCAUCUAGUUGAGUCACACAAUAAUGUUACAGUCUCUAUAUGUGGGAGAAAAACUGGAGUUCAGGAGCUGGAAUCACGCUUCCUGGUGCCUGGAGAUCUAUUAAUUCUGACAGGGAACAAAGUACAGAUGCCAUGUGAUGCCAUUCUGAUGGAUGGCAGCUGCGUGGUGAAUGAGGGCAUGCUGACAGGAGAAAGCAUUCCCGUCACUAAAACCCCAUUACCCAAGACGGAUUGCUCAGCAUCGUGGAAGACCCAGAGUGAAGUGGAUUAUAAACGUCAUGUCCUCUUCUGUGGAACGGAAGUGAUCCAGGCCAAGGGGGCUUAUUCUGGGACUGUGAGUGCUGUGGUCCUACAGACUGGAUUCAACACUGCAAAGGGAGACCUUGUGAGAUCCAUUCUCUAUCCCAAGCCUGUGAAUUUUAAGCUCUACAGGGAUGCCAUCAGAUUUCUCCUGUGCCUUGUGGGGACAGCCACCAUUGGGAUGAUCUACACUUUGUGUGUCUAUGUGCUGAGCGGGGAACCUCCUGAAGAGGUGGUGAAGAAAGCUCUGGAUGUCAUCACAAUUGCAGUUCCUCCUGCUCUGCCUGCAGCUCUCACCACGGGGAUUAUCUAUGCUCAGCGGAGACUGAGAAAGAAAGGAAUCUUCUGCAUCAGCCCCCAAAGGAUCAAUGUUUGUGGACAGUUAAACCUUGUCUGCUUUGACAAGACAGGAACCCUAACAAGCGAUGGCUUAGAUCUAUGGGGAUUCGUGCCUUGCAAUAGGAACGGUUUCCAGCAGGUCCACACCUUUGCCUCAGGCAAGGUCUUGCCUUGGAGCCCUCUGUGCGCUGCCAUGGCCAGCUGCCAUUCUCUCAUCCUUCUGAACGGGACCAUCCAGGGAGACCCUCUGGACCUCAAAAUGUUUGAAGCCACCACCUGGGAAAUGGUCACUUCUGGGGUUGAUUUCCAUGUCAAAGGAGUGCCAGCACAAGCUUUGGUGGUUAAGCCUUGCAGAACAGGCAGCCAGGUCCCAGUGGAAGGAAUUGCCAUCCUGCAUCAGUUCCCAUUCUCAUCAGCAUUGCAGAGGAUGACAGUUAUUGUCCAAGAGAUAGGGGGUGGCCGGCUGGCUUUCAUGAAAGGUGCACCAGAGACUGUGGCCAGUUUUUGUCAAGCUGACACAGUACCAACUAGUUUUAUUAGCGAACUUCAGAUUUACACGACACAGGGCUUCCGGGUCAUAGCACUGGCCUACAAAGAGCUGGAAAUGGACCACCAUGCCAAUGCCUUGACGAGGGACAAGGUAGAGUCAGACUUGAUUUUUCUGGGCUUGCUGGUCUUGGAGAAUCGGUUAAAGGAAGAGACAAAGCCUGUCCUGGAAGAGCUCAUCUCAGCCCGAAUAAGGACCGUCAUGAUCACAGGUGACAAUCUUCAGACUGCAAUAACAGUGGCCAGAAAGUCUGGAAUGGUUUCUGAAAGCCAGAAGGUGAUUCUAAUUGAGGCAAAUGAAGCCACCGGGUCCUCUUCUGCAUUUUUAUCUUGGAAAUUAGUAGAAGAAAAGAAACACACUGCAUAUGGGAAUCAGGACAGUUAUAUUAACAUCAGGGAAGAAUUCUCUGAUCAUGGCAGAGAAGGAAAUUAUCAUUUUGCUUUAAGUGGAAAAUCCUUCCAGAUUAUAAGUCAACACUUCAGCAGUCUAUUGCCAAAGAUACUAAUCAAUGGGACCAUCUUUGCAAGAAUGUCUCCAGGACAGAAGUCCACUCUGGUGGAAGAAUUUCAGAAACUGGAUUACUUUGUAGGUAUGUGCGGUGAUGGAGCCAAUGACUGUGGGGCUUUGAAAAUGGCUCACGUGGGCAUCUCUUUAUCAGAGCAGGAGGCUUCUGUGGCUUCACCCUUUACUUCCAAAACACCAAACAUUGAGUGUGUGCCUCACCUUAUCAAGGAAGGACGUGCUGCGCUGGUCACUUCCUUUUGCAUGUUUAAGUACAUGGCUCUAUACAGCAUGAUUCAGUAUGUUGGUGUUCUGCUGCUCUACUGGGAGACAAACAGCCUUUCAAAUUACCAGUUUCUGUUCCAGGAUCUGGCUAUCACAACUCUUAUUGGUGUGACAAUGAAUCUGAACGGUGCCUACCCCAAGCUGGUGCCAUUCAGACCGACAGGACGGCUCAUCUCCCCACCUCUGCUGCUCUCCGUGAUUCUCAAUAUUCUCCUCAGCUUGGCCAUGCACAUCGCAGGCUUCAUUCUGGUUCAGAAGCAGCCCUGGUAUUCUGCAGAAAGGCACAGUGCCUGCACAGUUCCCAACGAAACCUCCUUCAAAUUAACUAUUGCUCCAACCACUCCAGAAAAAAUUGGAACCAAUGGUAUUGUCACAAGUUUUGAGAACACUACUAUAUGGUUCUUGGGAACCAUCAACUGUAUCACUGUGGCCCUUAUCUUCUCCAAAGGAAAACCAUUUCGGCAGCCCACCUAUACAAACUAUAUAUUUGUCCUUGUUCUGGUCGUACAGCUGGGAGUGUGUUUAUUCAUUCUAUUUGCUGAUAUUCCGGAAUUAUAUAAGAGUUUGGAUCUGCUCUGCACUCCUGUCCUGUGGAAAAUCUACAUUGUCAUUAUGCUCAGCUCCAAUUUUAUUGUGUCCCUCAUAGUGGAGGAGGCCAUUAUUGAAAACAAAGCCCUGUGGAUGAUAAUCAAAAAAUGUUUUGGCUAUCAAUCAAAAAGCCAGUAUCGGAUAUGGCAGAGAGACUUGGCAAAUGAUCCCAGUUGGCCUCCAAUAAACCAAACCUCUUACUCUGACACACCGAGAUGUGGCAGGGGAGUCUCUUACAGCAAUCCCGUGUUUGAGAGCAAUGAGGAACAACUGUGAAGCAGAAGAAAAUCCAAAUGGAUGUCAAGAAGAAAUGGUGACAAGUGGGGUCAAUUUCUUGAUUUUUUUUUAAGCAACAAGACUCUUACAGUAUCAGUUGGAGUUUUGGGAAUCAAAAAUUAUCCAAUCAUAGUGACUAAUUAAAGUUUGUUUGAUAAGAUGCUUUUUCCAGAGCGGAACACUGCCACAGAAGAGU